GCCGCUCCCCGGUGCCGCUCCCCGGUGCCGCCGCCCCCCCCCCGGCGCCGCCUCCCCCUCAUGAGGGCGGCCCGGCCGCCAUUACCUGCAGCUCGGCCCUCUCCGCUUCCCAGCGCCCUUUCUCCGCCUCGAACCGCGCCCACUCGUGCUGGAUGAAGUGCAGGAUGCCCGGCAGGCUCAGCCCGGAGAUUUUUGAGGCCCCUACAGGAUUUGGGAAAACUUUUGGCUCAUCCCCAGAAGAUUUUUGGGAUCCAGAGAACCCCAUAACCCCUGAGGGCAUCGUUUAAUCCCCUUAUUAAUCACUAUUAAUUAAUAAUCACCUCAUUAACAUCCCCACAGCGCCACCUCGUGGAGAAGCUCCGCCAGCGCCACCCCCUUCCAUUAACCCCCAUCAAACCAAUUAACAACGCCGAGUUCAUCAGUUAAUUAACGGCUUAAUUAAUUAAUUAAUGAGUUAAUGAGUUAAUUAACGGGUUAAUUAGUUAAUUAACCAUGAGGAUCACCCCUUGCCAGGCCGCUCUGGCCGUCGCCAUCGCCUUCAACAUCCUCCUCCUCCUCUGCUCCCUCCUGGCCCCUCCCUGCCGCCACCACCCCCGGGGUGUCCCCAGGGGUGUCCCCAGGGGUGUCCCCAAUGUCCCCAGGGGUGUCCCCAAUGUCCCCAGGGGUGGUAUCCCCGACGUCCCCGGGGGUGUCCCCGACGUCCCCGAGUCUGUCCCCGACGUCCCCGAGUCUGUCCCCGACAUCACCGUCAUCCUCCGCGACUUCGACGGUCCCGACCACGACGUCGCCGCCACCUCCCGUUCCUUCGCCGGCGUGGCCGGCGUCCCCGUCCUGGUGGCCACCGAGGUGUCCCCGGACCCGCCCGUGCCACCCGCGGCCGGCGUCACCGUGCUGUCCCUGCGGCCGGAGCCUCACCGGCCACCCCCGCGGCCGGAGCUGGCCGUCAGGACCCGCCACGUGGCUCUGGUGCCGGACGGCGCCCGAGCCGCGCCGGCGCUGCUGCGGCGCAUGAGGAACGUUCUGGAAGCCUCCUCUGAUGGCGCCGUCAGGGUGGUGGCGGCGGCCGUGGGGCGGCGGCGGCGGCCGCGGUGUUUGGAGGCCGAGGUGGACAUCAGGGCGUGGACGGUGCGGUACGGCUACGCUGAGGGGGGGAGUGACGGCGGGAGUGACCGCGGGAAUGAACGAUGGAGUGACCGCGGGAAUGACCUCGGGAGUGACCACGGGAGUGACCACGGGAAUGAACAAUGGAAUUAUCAGAGGAGUGACCACGGGAGUGACCACGGGAAUGACCACGGGAAUGACCACGGGAAUGAACAAUGGAAUGACCACGGGAAUGAACAAUGGAAUGACCACGGGAAUGAACAAUGGAGUGACCACGGGAAUGACCACGGGAAUGAACAAUGGAAUGACCAAUGGAAUGACCACGGGAAUGACCACGGGAAUGACCACAGGAAUGACCAUCAGAGUGACCAUCAGAACAACCAGUGGAACGACCACCAGAAUGACCCCAGGAAUGACCAGAGGGAUGAACAAUGGAACGACCACAGGAAUGACCAUGGGAAUGACCACCAGAAUGACCAUCAGAACAACCAGACGACUGACCACCAGAACGACCACAGGAACGACCAGCAGAAUGACCGCGGGACUGACCAACACCCUGACCAACAGCCUGCCCACCGCAGCGCCCUCUGCGGUGCCCUGGACGGAGCCCCGCUCGUUCUCCUCCUCCGCACUCGCGACCUCUUCUCCCUCCCCUUCCCGCUGACCCGUCCUGUGGUCACUUCUCUGUCCCUCCAGGCCUCCCUCCGCGGCUGGCGCUUCCUCCUGCUGCCGGACGCUUUCCCCUCGGCCUCUCUCCCCCCUCCCUCCCCUCACUCCCUCUGGAAAACCCAAAAAUCCCUGGAAAAACAACACCGGGACCUCCUGGAUCGAUUCGGCCUCAAGCUCGAGGUGCUGCCGGACGGCCGCCAGCGCUGGCACGGCUGCACCAAGACCACCCCGCGUUGUUUCGGCACCAUCCGCUCCCAAACCCCCUCGUACCUGCUGGCCGGCCGCUGGACGCCGCCCUGCUGCCUCCGCGCUCUCCGCUUGACCGCCCGCCACGUCCUGGCUCAGCUGGACGCGGCCGGAGUCCGCCACUGGCUGGAGGGGGGUUCCCUCCUCGGCGCCGUCCGCUCGGGCGACGUCAUCCCGUGGGAUUACGACGUCGACGUCGGGUUCUACCGCCAGGACAUCCCCAAGUGCCGCUGGCUGGCGGCCGUGGCGGCCACCGGCCGAGCCCUGGAGGACCCCCAGGGCUUCCUUUGGGAGAAAGCGGCCGAGGGGGAGUUUUUCCGCGUCCAUUUCAGCCGCUCCAACCGGCUCCACGUGGAUUUGUGGCCCUUCUACCCCCGGCAGGGCGGGGUGAUGACCAAGGACACCUGGUUGGGUCACGGGCAGGACGUGGAGUUCCCCGAGAGGUUUCUGGUGCCGCUGGGCGCCGUGGCUUUCGCCGGAGUCGUGGCCAAAGCCCCCAACGACCCCCGGGCCUUCCUGGAGUUCAAAUUCGGGCCCGGGGUCAUCGAGAACCCCGAGUAUCCCAACCCCGAGGUUCGCAGGUUGGCGCAGGAUGUGGGAAAUAAAAGCUCUGGGUGAUGGA